ACCAUGAUCUUCCCCAUUCUGCCGUUUCUAAUAGACUGCGCUGCUGCCGGUGCUGCUGGAGUCAUUGAUGUUCCACGGGAAUAUUAUGAGAUUACUUGGCAAGAUCUGUUGGAUUUUCUGGGAACUAGCCAAGCAAUUUGGCAGAAGCAGAUAAGUGUGUCUCUGAAGAGUAAGUCUGACUGUGUUCGGUGGGUGAAAGAAAGACUUACAGAAGAUGAUUACUAUUUCACCAAAUGGGACCGUGUAGGAUUGCAAACGAGGAAAACUUGGCAUCAGCAUGCGACGCUGUUCAACAAAAGCGGAAUACCUGCGAUGAAAAUCUUGAGCGAUCCAAAGAAAAGUGACGGUGAAGGCCAAGUGUACAUUCUCUACUACUGGGAUCGCAAUGAACACUGCGCCUUGUUUAGGAAGCCAGUCCCCGGGACCGACGAUCAACAGUGGACACAGCAUGUAUGGAAUGAAAACGUUAAAAGUACGCCUGUAUGUGACAAUGCCUUCGAAAAAGUUGAAUUUGGACGUUACUCUGUUUACAAAAGUAACUGCUGAUCAAAGCGGUAGGUGUUUGUGUCAGUCCAUGCGUG